AUGGCCCAGGUGGCCCAAGGGGGAGCCCCACUUCAGUUCCUUCCCUCCCCCCUCCGCCCUCCACAGGUCAGCCGGCAGAUCCAGGAGCAUGAACAGGACUCAGCCCUGCGGGAGCAGCUAAGUGGAUACAAGCGGAUGCGACGGCAACACCAGAAACAGCUGCUGGCCUUGGAGUCACGGCUGAGGGGCGAACGCGAGGAGCACAGCGCCCGCCUGCAGCGAGAGCUCGAGGCACAGCGGGCUGGCUUUGGGGCUGAGGCAGAAAAGCUGUCCCGGCGCCACCAGGCCAUCGGGGAGAAGGAGGCUCGAGCCGCUCAGGCCGAGGAGCGCAAGUUCCAGCAGCACAUCCUCGGGCAGCAGAAAAAGGAGCUGGCCGCCCUGCUGGAAGCACAGAAGCGGACCUACAAGCUCCGGAAGGAGCAGCUGAAGGAGGAGCUCCAGGAGAACCCCAGCACACCCAAGCGGGAAAAGGCUGAGUGGCUCUUGCGGCAGAAGGAGCAGCUACAGCAGUGCCAGGCGGAGGAAGAGGCGGGGCUGCUGCGGCGCCAGCGCCAGUAUUUUGAGCUGCAGUGUCGCCAGUACAAGCGCAAGAUGCUACUGGCCCGGCACAGCCUGGACCAGGACCUUCUGCGAGAGGACUUGAACAAGAAGCAGACACAGAAGGACUUGGAGUGUGCGUUGCUGUUGCGGCACCACGAGGCCACUCGGGAGCUGGAGCUGCGGCAGCUCCAGGCCGUGCAGCGCACACGGGCCGAGCUCACCCGCCUGCAGCACCAGACAGAGCUGGGCAACCAGCUGGAGUACAACAAGCGCCGCGAGCAAGAGCUACGACAGAAGCAUGCGGCCCAGGUUCGCCAGCAGCCCAAGAGCCUCAAAUCUAAGGAGCUGCAGAUCAAGAAGCAGUUCCAGGAGACGUGUAAGAUCCAGACUCGGCAGUACAAGGCUCUUCGAGCACACUUGCUGGAGACCACGCCCAAAGCUCAGCACAAGAGCCUCCUUAAGCGGCUCAAGGAAGAGCAGACACGCAAGCUGGCGAUCCUGGCCGAGCAGUAUGACCAGUCCAUCUCGGAGAUGCUCAGCUCACAGGCGCUGCGACUUGAUGAGACCCAGGAGGCAGAGUUCCAGGCCCUUCGGCAGCAGCUUCAACAGGAGCUGGAGCUGCUCAAUGCUUACCAGAGCAAGAUCAAGAUCCGCACGGAGAGUCAGCACGAGAGAGAACUGCGGGAGCUGGAGCAGAGGGUGGCUCUGCGGCGGGCACUGUUGGAGCAGCGGGUGGAAGAGGAGCUGCUGGCCCUGCAGACAGGGCGCUCCGAGCGGAUCCGGAGUCUGCUGGAGCGGCAGGCCCGUGAGAUUGAGGCCUUUGAUGCUGAGAGCAUGAGGCUGGGGUUCUCCAGCAUGGCUCUGGGGGGCAUCCCGGCCGAGGCUGCUGCCCAGGGCUAUCCCGCUCCCCCCCCUGCCCCCGCCUGGCCCUCCCGCCCUGUUCCCCGUUCGGGGGCACACUGGAGCCACGGCCCUCCUCCACCAGGCAUGCCCCCACCAGCCUGGCGUCAGCCUUCACUGCUGGCUCCCCCAGGUCCCCCAAACUGGCUGGGCCCCCCAGCACAGAGUGGGACACCCCGUGGUGGAGCCCUGCUGCUACUAAGAAACAGCCCCCAGCCCCUGCGGCGUGCAGCCUCUGGGGGCAGUGGCGGCGACAACGUGGGCCCGUCUGCCGCUGCCAUGCCGGGACCCCUGAGCCGAAGCACCAGUGUGGCUUCCCACAUCCUUAAUGGCUCCUCUCACUUCUACUCGUGAAGUGACGGUGGACCAGCAGAUGAGUGGGGCAGGGGUGGGUGGUGCCUGAUCCUAGAGGGCACCGAGCUUGAGGCCCACCCAAGGGUGGGGGGCAGAAGACUGACUCCGGCUCCCCUCCAACUUUCUCAUUUCAUGAGCUUCUUGGGCUGGCCAGUGGCCCAGGGCAGCUUGGGCAAGGGGGCCUCAAGGCUGACCGGGAACCCCUGCCUCCCCACCAUGGUGCCAGCUCUCUCUCCCCAUCAUGGCCUCGGGAACGGAGGGAGAUUACGUGUCAAAUAUUCAUCUAGUCCCCUGGGGGAGGGGAAGGGUGGGUCUAGAUAUAUUAUAUUCAGAGAACUAUACUAGCCCCUGCAGUGGGGCUGUGGACUGGGGAUGCCAGGCCCCCCAGACCUGGGGUGUUGCAGAGCAGGUCUGGGGUCUGGGUGGGGAAAGUGGAAGGAAGACGCCUUCCUGUGAAAGGAUCAGGACGGGGUCUUGGGGUCAGGAUGCCUGGGUCUCUCCAUUCCCCUGUUGCUGUCCUGUGCAGUCUUGUCCUGUUUUUUUUUUUUUUUUUUUAAUUGAGAUCUGAGCUGGGGAAGGGGAGUUGGGAAAGACCUUGGAACUUGGAAGGGACUGCUCCUGGGCCUGGGGGCAGUCAUGGGAGCCCCUCCCAGCUAAGGGGCUGGCACAGAGCCCCACAGCAAGCUUUUAAUAAACUGUUGGUUAUUCUAACAGA